AUGCAGAUCACACGUCUCCCAAUUCCGAUUUCCUCCAUCACUCCUCGAACCGCGAAUCCAGCUUUAUCGCUAUCCUCAAACCCUCGCCGCAUUUUCAACCUCACGAACCCAAAACGCACCAUAUCUUUUACAAGAUUACAUAAACCCCAAACUGCUUUCAGCAAUCCUGGUUCUGUUUUGGCUGCGAUGGAAACUGAACAAGGAAUCGAAGCUGAUGUUGAUGCGUUUUACAUGAGGAAAAGCGUGGAGCUGGCGAAGAGAGCAAUUGGGUGUACGAGUCCUAAUCCCAUGGUUGGUUGUGUGAUUGUUAAAGACGGCAAGAUCGUUGGUGAAGGGUUUCAUCCCAAAGCUGGUCAGCCUCAUGCUGAGGUGUUUGCUGUUCGAGAUGCAGGAGAGUUAGCUGAGAAUGCAACUGCUUAUGUCAGCUUGGAACCAUGUAACCAUUACGGAAGAACACCACCGUGCACUGAAGCACUGAUCAAUGCUAAGGUGAAAAGAGUUGUGAUUGGGAUGGUUGAUCCGAAUCCAAUCGUUUCUUCUUCAGGUAUCAGUCGUUUGAAAGAUGCUGGAAUCGAUGUCACUGUUGGUGUUGAAGAAGAUUUGUGCAAGAAGAUGAAUGAGGGAUUCGUUCAUAGAAUGUUAACAGGACGGCCUUUACUCGCCCUCAGGUAUUCAAUAUCUGUCAAUGGUUGUUUUGUGGACAAGAUUGGGGAAGGAGCUUCGGAUACUGGUGGAUACUACUCAAAGCUGUUACAAGAAUAUGAUGCGGUUAUAGUUUCUUCUUCGUUAUCUGAUAAUAAACUCUCGAGCAUUUCCUCACAAGAAGCUAAUGUUUCGAGCCAACAUAUCCAAAUCAUAGUAGCUAGCAAUGCACAACAGAAAGUUGUAUUGCUCACCAAAAAGGAAUUGGUUGCAGAAUCUGGAAUCAGUACUAACGAGGUUGAAACUGUGGUUUUGGAAAGUUUAAACUUGGAUUCAAUUUUGGAGUACUGUUAUCGCUGUGGACUAUGCAGUGUCUUGUUGGAUUUGAGGGGGAAUGUGAAAGACCUUGAAGUGCUUCUGAGAGAUGGUAUUGAGCAGAAACUGUUGCAGAAGAUAGUGGUUGAGGUUUUGCCGGAAUGGUCUGCGAAUGAUGAGAGACAGAUAGGGUCGAUGAAGUGGUUAGAAUCAAAAGCUGUGAAAGAUUUGCAGUCUAAGCAAGUAGGUGGAAGCGUUUUGCUAGAGGGCUAUUUUUGA